ACUGGAGUGGCGACAGAGCAGAACGUACUGAGCAGAGCGCACACACACACACACACACACACACACACACACGGACUCCUUCUCUCUCUCUCUCUCUCUCUCUCUCUCUCUCUCGCGCGCGCAGACUGGGAGAAAGCUGCGCCUUUUCUUCGCCUGGACACCAACACUCUCACUCAUUCACUGGCGCACCGACACGAGGCGACGGCAUAUGGUGAUACAUGCAACAGACCGGUCUACAGUUAGAGCGCCGCGGUUUGCUUUUGUGUGUGUUCCAAAAGAAGGAAAGUUUCCUUCUAUAUUUAUCCAUUUAUUUAUUUAUUUUUUAUUUAUUUUGCGGAGUUUUUGCGGACAGUGAGCAGCAGCGGAGGGUUUAACAUGCCAGACGUCUGAGAAUACAUCUACCAGCCCCCCCCCCCUCGAUUUUUUUCCCUCUGUGGAAGUAAUCGCCACAGUGUGCGCGCAGAAGAUGGGGGCAAAAAUGAUACAAACCAAAGGAAAUAUAUUAUCCUCGGCACUUAUCAAACUACUGCUUUUGAUCGUGCUUAUGCACGGCGCCACCGGUAAGACUUUGAAAUAUAAAGUUUACGAGGAGCAGAAAGUGGGCACGGUUAUUGCACGGUUGAAGGAGGAUGUAGCCGGGGUUUUAUCCAAACUACCGAGUUCCCUGACCUUUCGGUUCCGCGCUAUGCAACGAGGGAGUACGCCGUUCCUGUCUGUCCGGGAGGAGGACGGGGAGAUCAGUAUUGGCACCAAAAUCGACCGUGAAAAGCUUUGUGAGAAAAACUUGAACUGCUCGAUUGAAUUCGAUGUGGUCACACUCCCGACAGAGUACCUGCAGCUGUUCCAUGUGGAAGUGGAAGUGCUGGACAUUAACGACAACUCCCCGCACUUCUCCCGCGCCAUCGUCCCCAUUGAGAUCUCCGAGAGCGCAUCCGUGGGGACGCGCAUCCCGCUGGACGGCGCCGUGGAUUCGGACGUCGGGGAGAACGCCCUGCACACAUACUCCCUGACUCCAAAUAACUUCUUUAAGAUCGACGUGAGGACCAGGACGGACGGGGCCAAGUACGCAGAGCUGGUGGUAAUGAGAGAGUUGGACCGGGAGGUGCAGUCCAGCUACCAGCUACAGCUCACGGCCUCGGAUAAUGGUGUACCCCCAAAGUCUGGCUCCACUUUGCUCAAGAUCAGCAUCUCUGAUUCCAAUGACAACAGCCCAGCCUUUGAUGACCAAGCUUAUAUCAUCAGUUUGCUGGAAAACUCUCCCCUUGGGACUCUAAUCAUUGAUUUAAACGCCACAGAUCCAGAUGAGGGCACUAAUGGGAAAAUAGUGUACUCGUUCAGCAGUCAUGUCUCGCCAAAGAUUUUGGAAACAUUUAAGAUAAACCCAGAAAAUGGCCACAUUACUCUUAUUAAAAAAGUGGACUAUGAAACCACUGCUUCCUAUGAGCUGGAUGUUCAGGCUCAGGACUUGGGCCCUAAUUCUAUUCCCGGACUUUGCAAAAUUGUGGUGAAAGUGGUGGAUGUGAAUGACAACAAACCAGAGAUAAACAUCAACCUGAUGACGCCUGGCAAAGAGGAAGUGGCCUACAUUUCAGAGGGCGCCCCUGUGGACACAUUUAUAGCUCUGGUGCGUGUUGACGACAGCGACGCUGGGCUCAAUGGUGAGGUGGUGUGCAGGCUGCACGGCCACGGCCACUUCAGACUCCAGAAAACCUAUGAGAAAAACUACAUGAUUCUCACCAAUGUCUCACUGGACAGGGAGAAGAGGUCAGAGUACAGUCUGACGGUCAUAGCUGAGGACAGGGGCUCCCCCAGCCUCUCCACCAUUAAACACUUCACUGUUCAGGUGCUGGAUGAAAACGACAAUCCUCCAUGUUUUGAAAAGAGCCGCUACGAGGUCUUUAAAUCAGAGAACAACUCUCCUGGAGCCUACCUGAUGACCGUAGUGGCCUCAGAUCCAGAUCUGGGCACCAAUGGCCAGGUCACCUACACCAUUAUAGAUGCUCUGGUCCAUGGGAGCCCCAUCUCCACCUACGUCACCAUUGACCCUUCUAAUGGCGCCAUCUACGCCUUACGCAGCUUUGACCACGAAGACGUCAGCCGGAUCGCCUUCACUGUUCAGGCACGUGAUGGGGGAAACCCUGCACUAUUAACUAACACCACAGUCCUGCUGACUGUUUUGGAUGAAAACGACAACUCACCCAUCAUCCACGCUCCCUCCCUCCGGAAUCACACUGCUGAGGUGCCGGUGUGGAAGUAUGCAUCACCUGGUCAGCUGAUCACUGCGCUUAAAGUCAUGGACCGCGAUGCCGGCGCCAACGGAGAGGUGAGCUGUGCCAUCGUCAGUGGCAACGAGGACGGGCUCUUUGUGAUGGACGCUCGUCGAUGUGAACUCAGGACUAACGCCAGCCUGGAGCAGGCUCCGCGGGACAUAAUGGAGAUCAGGGUGGAAGUUCAGGACAGGGGCACCAGUCGGCUGUCCACAGGGGCCCUCCUCAGGCUCUCCUUGCAGGAGAAUAUGGACAUCCUCCCUCCUCUCUACCCCACCGGCUCCAGCCAGGUCCCACUGGAUCUCUCCCUCAUCGUAAUCAUCUCUCUGGGCGCCGUUUGCGCUCUGCUGCUCAUCGUCAUGGUGAUGUUCGCGACCGCCCGCUGCAGCCGUGAGAAGAAAGACCCCAGACACAACUACAACUGUCGCGUGGCGGAGAGCAGCUACCAGAACCACCCCAAAAAGCCCACCAGGCAGAUCCAUAAGGCGGACAUCACCCUGGUCCCGACUGUCAACGGGACUCUGCCUAUCCGGGCCCACCCACGCUCCCCCUCAGCCUCCCCUACACCUGAGAGGGGCACCCUGGGGAGCAGGCAGAGCCAUCAUAGCCGCCAGUCCCUCAACAGCCUGGUCACCAUCUCCUCCAAUCAUGUGCCAGAGAACUUUGCCCUGGAGCUGGCUCAUGCCACACCUCCUGUAGAGCAAGUCUCACAGCUUCUGUCCAUGCUCCAUCAGGGCCAGUACCAGCCACGACCAAGCUUCAGAGGCAACAAAUACACCAGGAGCUACAGAUAUGCCCUGAAUGAGAUGGACAAGUUCAGUCUGAAGGACAGCGGUCGUGGAGACAGUGAGGCCGGGGACAGCGACUACGAGCCUGGCAGGGAGUCACCCAUGGAUAGGCUCCUUGGUGAGGGCUUUACUGAGAUAUAUGCCCCUGAUGGCCAGCACAGAAUGCAUGCAGCUAUGAGGCUAUGCACAGAGGAGUGUCGUGUCCUGGGUCACUCAGAUCAGUGCUGGAUGCCCCCCCUGGCCUCCCCAGCCUCAUCCUCCUCCGACUACCGCAAUAACCUCUACAUCCCUGGGGAAGAAGCCCGCCAAGCCACCGACCUCUCCCAAGAAAAUACCCUGCAGCCCUGCACUGACACCGGCCCUGCCCGGAACCAGAGCUUCUCCACCUUUGGCAAGGACCUGGGCAGUGAGGACGGUGGAGAAGAGGAGGGGGGAGAGGGCAGUCGGGGCGAGGCCAGAGAUGAAGACCUGUGUGGGACCACAUCGUUGCUGUCAGAGAUGAGCAGUGUGUUCCAACGGUUGCUACCCCAGGGUCUUGACUCGUUCGUCCAGGUCAACGAGAACCAGAAGGGGACUAGUAUGAGUGGGGUAGGCAUCCCCAUGACUGGAUCUUUAGAUCGCAGAAGGGGCCAUCUCCCUGGCAAGCCCAACCCCUCCGUCCACCAGCAGGGCGUGGCAGCCUGGGCAGCCAACACCCACUUCCAGAACCCAGGCAGCAGCAUCGGCCCAUCUGGCCACCACCAGGCUGGCAGCUACCACACCCUGAAACCCAGCACCAAGCUCAGCUCCCAGAGCAGCAGCCACAAGGGCUCACAGGCAUCCAAAAACAGCCCCCAGAACAGCAUCCACACCUCCAAACCCCACAGCAGCCCCCUGCUCACGGCAUUGGUCAGCCCCACUCUGGUGCAGCCUUCUCCGGCCCCGGUGCCAGUGCCGGUACCACUCCCCGGGCCCUCCUCCAAGUGGUUGCCGGCCAUGGAGGAGAUCCCAGAGAACUACGAGGAGGACGAUUUUGACUCAGUGCUCAGCCACCUUCAGGGAAAACGCAGCGACAGCCGUCACGAGCUGGUAGACGCCAGCGAGCUGGUGGCUGAGAUCAACAAACUCUUACAGGACGUCCGACAGAGCUAGACUUUCUGUUUCUUAUGCUCUUUAUUUAUUCACCACUCACUGACUGAAUAAAAGUGAGGGACUGUGGCAAAAGAAGGACAGAAAAAAACUGAAAUAAAAACAAAGACAAAAAACAAGACCUGCAAUUGUUGUUAAAGUUGCAUUUCUAUGUAAUAAUUGUGUUUUGUGAAUGCUAAAUAUCCCAAAAAUUGUUUGUUAUUGAUGGUUUGGUACACAAUGUACACUAUGUGACUGUAUUUAUCUUUGUAUUUUAAAAAUACCUUUGUAUACUUAUAUUUAUAAAAAAAGUGUAUAUAAACUUAAUCAGAAGUCUAUUUUUAUAUUUUGAAUGCAUGUUGAGUACAAAAGCGUUAAAUCAAGACUUUGACAUGCGAUCGACAUUCUAUAUAUUUAAAUUGUCUUUUUUAUUGUGAUUAUUUUUUAUUUGUCACUAUGAUAUAUACACAUGAAUAUAUUAAUGAAUUAAUGGACACUUGUCUUUGUGGAUUAUUGUGUAUGUGAGGGGGUACACAAAUAAAAAUAAUAAUACAUAAACA